AUGGCUUUUUCAAAAACAAAUUGGACACUGGUCGGGUCAUUGGCAUUCAUCUGUGCUGGCUUGGGCUUGGGGUCAGCAGCAGCACCAGUGCUUCUAUCAGAGUCAGCCCCAAAAAACAUUAGAGGAGCAGUAGUUUGUACAAGUGGCCUGGCAAGCACAAUUGGACAGUGGGCUCCUUACCUCAUUCUAUUGCUUUCCAAAAAGGUUAACUUCAGCUGGAGGUGGACGAUUGGUCUAUCUGCGGUGCCAACAUUCAUUCAGCUCAUUUGUAUGAUUUUUGUUCAGGAAUCUCCUUAUACACUAGCAAAGCAGGGAAAAAAAGGAGAGGUGGAGAAAUUCCUUAAGAGGACAUUUCCUGCAGAGAAGGUGCAAAAGGAAAUGGAUGAAAUAUUUCAAUCAUCAGUUGAAGAUUGUAAAAAAGAGGAAGAACAGGAGGUGCUUACUCAGAGCAGUUUUUUGAAAAAAAUUAAAACGUUAGUUAAACAGCGGCAAGUAUGGUAUUUGGUGGGUGCAGCUGUAAUGCAGCUAUUGCAGCAUUUUUUGGGUCUCACGUUUGUCCUGCACGUAUCACCUAAGCUUUCAGACAAAGCAGGUUUAUCAAAACCUGUUAAAUCCCUUCUUCCUAAAUUUCUUGAUCUCCUCAGCUCGUUAUUUGUCAUUUUGAGUGUUGACUUUCUUGGAAGAAGAAAGUUGUUGAUAACCACUUUGUUGCUAUUGUUUUGUGAUCAACUUGUUCUUGGUUUUGUUUUGGGAAGAACUGAAAACCAAAGCUUGGCUAAAUUUGGUGUUGGAGCAAUAAGUAUAUACCUUAUGGCUUAUACGUCAGGGAUCGGGUGCCUUCCAAUACUUCUGAGCGUGGAGAUAGUUCCCUACAGCUACCGGGGAAUGGCUUCGGGAAUGGGUUCGUUUAGUAGCUGGCUAGGCACCUUAUGCACCAGCAGGUACACAGAUUUCACAGUGAACAAAAUAGGUCCCAGUGUAUUUUUUAUCUACUCUGGAGUCUCAGUUAUAGUUUUAUUUCUCGUGAUCUUUUUGAUCCCUGAAAAAGUGGGAACCCCAUUGGAGAAGAUCGACAACUCUGUGGGUCAAACCACUAAAUAUCAGCGGCUCGAAUAA